UCGCCGGUUUCAUAGACCUCCGCGACUCGGGUGUAUCAAACCCCAAUCCUGAAUACCCAAAUGCUUAACUGAGUCAACUCGACAGCCUCACAUCCCAACCAAAGACGCUAGUUUUGGAAUGGCACCAUCACGUAACAUCAUUGUAGCCACGGGUCUGGUUGUUUUCGCAUCUGCAGGCUUAGCUUUCCCCUUUUACAUGGCAUCGUCAAAGAAACCAGUGAUUGAUCCAACAAAACCGCUACCUCCGCAAGCAACUUUUAGAGGACCUUACAUCAACACCGGUUCUCGUGAUGUUGGUCCUGACCAUCGAACUUACCCUAAGAAAUAAUCAUCAUCGAGUCAAGACACACAAACUGUAAACAUGAGUUUUCAUUGUCCCCUUAAGAAGAAUUGUUAUGGUAACGCUAUGUUUUAUGUAACGAACGCUAUGAUGAAGACCUUCCCAUAAACACCACCAGACCAGUCUAGCCAUUGAGAUGGUUUUGAUUAAUAUAGCUCGAGGAUUUGAAUACAGUAUGAUGUCAUAAGAAUGUCACCACAAACCAUUUUCAUCA